GCGAGGUUCAUUCGGUACGAUAUUGCGAACGAGGCUCUUCGCCGGGUUGCCGCCUGAUGCAGGCUGCGAUAAGUGUGGAUUUUCAAGUUGUUUUCUUUUUUCACGAGGUGUAGUUUCUCGGUUUUUCUCUGUGUCGUCACGGUAUCUCGGUACAAUAUAUAAUACUUACCUAUAAUUUUGGCUGAAGGUGCGAUUGGAAAAUUGGAGAACGCGACCGCGCUCGGUGAGGAGAUAAUUAUAAUCCCGAUUGGCGCAUCGAGGAGGCUGCGGAGGAGGUGCUUGAAUGUUUUAACCAAAAACCUGGAAAGUGGUGAGGAGCCAGGAUGCGGCUGUUCAAGAGACGCUGCUCGGACACGAGUCCGCAGCUUGUGUCGGCGACGCCGAUUCCCCAGGAUGCGGUACCGGCUGUCAGCGAAGAUCGGGAAGAACUCGAGGCGGAAACGGAGCCGGAAGUCGAGCCGGAAAAUUCCGGGAGGCGAAAGUCCGACACCGAGAUUGUCCAAGACGGUGGGAACCAGACGACCGCCAACCUCCAGUCCUCCAAUUCGGCCAGGAAAGGCAUAUCCACGUGGGGGCGGAAAGUGGGAAGGCGAUGGGACCAGCUUAAGAGGUCCGAUAGCUCGGAGCUUCUCGCUGUCUCCGGGAGAAGACGUCGACAUUGGAGUCCCAACAGACAGGCGGAUAAUUCCGAGCCCGUUUCCGACGACAAGCGAAAGAACUCACCAUCGACGGUGGAAUUUCUCAAGCCGAAGAGAAUCUCUCGUGUGGAAUCCUUGAGGAAUCUCUUUCGCACCGGAGAACGCAGCACGAGUUCAAUCGCUCUCGACGUCAUAGCGCGCAGCGCGACGAUCAGCGAGGAAGAACCGAAUUUUUUGGCCGAUCGGUACAGGAUGGCCAAGGCCUUGAGCGAGGGAAGCGGCUCGAUGAUGACCCUGAGGAAUGCCGAGUCGCUUGAGGAGGGUGGCGUGAAUGGCAUCGGGGCGGAUUACAGAAACCAGGAAACCCUACGCGGCAAGAAAAACCAGCUGAGCAGGAGCAUACAGAACCUUCAGGAGCAGCAGCGCGUCCUCGACUUCAUACUUACCAAUCAGGACAUCCUCAAGACCAAAGAGGGCGAAGAUCUCGCAAGGUUCACCCUCGAGGCUGCCAAACGCUGCGCUUCGAACUCCAGACCCUCUUCCAUGAUCGUCGAGUCAUCGAGUCACUCUGCGGCCGCGGAGAAUCAGAGCCAUCAACUCUCGUUCGUUAAGAGGAAUCUCUUCAGUCGGCAAUCGGCCUCGCGAGAAAGUGGUAAAGCUGUCAGAUCGUCCGCGUCUUCUUCGUCAUCGGCAUCGUCGGCAGUCUCGUCGAUGACACCGCUGAACGGAUUGGAGGAACUGAUGAGCGGAUUAAGAGUGGGCUGCGACGAGAGCGGUUACGAUUCCGACAGUACGAGAACAGGAGCAGAUUCUCCGGAUAGUGGAAAAUUAGUUAUGCCAUUGGCGUCCUCGGGUUCGAACGCGGGAUCCGAGAGGACGAAUCGGGUGCGAAGCUUCUCCAUAACCUCGGACGACUAUCACGGUAUAGAUUUAUCGAUGGCGAGUACUCCUAAAAAGAACAACAACAACAUCAACAACAACAAUCCUGGAAGAAUAGCGGAAGCUCCGUGUUCCCAGAAUUCAGCUUGCCCUCGAGACGAUCCUCUCAACCAUUCCGCCACGACGCAAACUACGAUACUCAUGUACGGGGAUCUGGACGACGACGACGACGGUGACGAGACGGACAGCUGCGACGAGGACACCUUCAUGCCAAUGUCACCUUCGAGGUCAGAACCACGGGACGAACUCGCCGACCGGACAUUCGCAAUGAGCAAAAUGUCCUCGAAGAGUUCCGGGAUCGGAAGUACAGUUUCGUCGAGUUUCGAGGCUCCCUUGACUCCUCGAAAAUCGGAGCCCCCGGUGCCUUUUCCGAACCACCUGCGGCCCCAAAGUGUCCUGUGCAAUUCCGUAACGCCGAUUAGACCCGGGGCUAAACUGGUCCCGAGAAACCGCUGCAACUCCAAUACCAGUCUUCUUCAUCUGCUGGACAACGCCGCGUCCCCCUGCAAGGACAGCCCCCCUGCAACCAAGGGCCGACUGCCAGUUGAUGACGCGGCUAACGCACCUUGCUACUACAGCCCGAAGCGAUCGAGGUCGGGCUUCGAGUCAGAGGAGAAUGCGGCUAAGCGUCAGGAGCAGGAAUGCGCGUCGGAGGUGACGAGAUCGAAUGCGAAUCCCUCGAAGGGGUUGGUACGCCGAGAGUUGAAGACCAUGAAGCUGCUCGUCGAGAAGCCCGGUGGUCUCGGGGUCGCCAUCGAGAGGCGCGAGGCCGCGCGGCCGUUUUACGUCGUCUCGAAGGUCGACGCCGACGGGGAGGCAGCCAAGGGUGGGCAGAUCAGAGUCGGUGACGAAAUCGUCAGGGUGUGCGGUCGCCGGCUACGCGGAAUGUCGGCGGUUGAAGCGCGGACCGCGGUUCGAAGCUGCUCGGGUACCGUCGAACUCCAGAUCGCCAGGGAGCCCACCUUCGCCUUCGGCGAACUAGGCGACACCUGGGGGGACGUCGUCAUGUCCCGGGCGCGCAGCGAGUCCGACGUCUGGAAGCUGAAGCGGCCCAACUCAGGGGCCGAACAGGCCCAAUGCGAGGUGGUCGGGGCUUUGACCAAGGACGGGAAGACCGUUUCCGUGAACACGAUGGACCAGCUGGAGCCCCUUGAGAAGCCGGCGUCUCCCAUACCCGCCAAGACACUUACCGGAAUGAAGAAGUUCCAGGUGGUUAAGAAGCGGAACCAGAACAUUCCCGGUGCCAAUUUCGGCCGACGGGCAACCAGUCUUUCGGUAAACCUGCUCACCGUCACACUGAGGAAGGGUGCCACCAAGAAAUUGGGAUUCUCGAUCGUCGGCGGGUCGGACAGCUCCAAGGGAUCUAUGGGAAUAUUCGUCAAGGACGUGAUGCAGGGCGGACAGGCUGCCGAGGAGGGCACUCUCAGAGCAGGGGACGAGAUUCUCGCCAUCAACGGACUACCCAUGAACGGACUCACCCACGCCAAGGCCCUCCAAGCAUUCAAGGCCGCAAAACCGGGCGACUUGAUACUCCACGUCGGACGCAGGGAUCCGACUCACAAUAAACGGUUCUUAAACAAUUCACGACGCACUCUGCUCACUUGUUGCGAUAACGAAGCCAUUACUUGUUGAUACAUCGUUCAAUGCAAGUCCUACGACGCGCUGGACAAAUUGUCGGAUUGUGACGAGGAGUAGACCAAGGAACGGCAUCCGAGUCGACCAGCCACUUCACCGAGAUUAUUGUUUAGUUUUUGACGACGAAGAUUAAGUUUUUUGUUUUUUACCUCAAAUUUUGAGUCGAUCCCUUUUUUUCAAACGCGACAGAGGAAACGAUACUACUUAAAACGGUGACGAUACGGUGUCAUCCUAAUUUUUCUUUCUUCUUGUUUUCUUUUUUAUUGCGUCGAGGCUUGAUAUAGAAACUGAAUUAUUAACACGUAUAGACAGAACUAGAUUAUGUUAUCGUAUAGCUAAGUUAGAUUCACCUUGGACAAGUAGGUGUCGUAUUAUAUUCGUAUAUUGUACGCUAAUUAAAUCAAGCCGAGGACUUGACUUGACCAUGUGAUAAUCGACUGUUACUCGUGAAGCGAGAUUCGAGUCUAGAUCUCAGGAGAGUGAAAUUGAUUUGAUCAAUUGGAAUUUAUUAAGGUGACGAAGAGUUACGUCAGAGAAUCUUGCGACAAGUAUAAAUUGACAAAACAUGAUUUGAAUUCUUCAUUCCUAUUGUGUUGAUAUUACCCAAUCAGUAAUUCUUGCGUAUUUCGGUUUCGACCAAAGUGUAAUUUUUUUUUUUUCAUUCGGACAAAAACAAGUAUGAAAGCAACGGUGAUGACAUUUGUUUCUUUUUUUUUUUUUCUUACUCAAAUCUUUCGAUACGACGAUCGAUCGACGGAUCGGCGAUAACUCGUUGAAGGCAUAAAGAAUUUAUUUCGCUGCCAUUUCUUGCUAGACGCGUUGAACUAGCUGAUUGGGAUAUGGUCGGCCGUAAAGCAGUUCACAUUUAUCACGUGUUUCACGAUACUUGAAACACUAUUGUUUCUGUGUUUAGAGUGAAAUCUGCGUAUAUUUUUAAUUCGAAAAUGCAAUCAUCGAUUAUUUCCCGUAUCUGUACGUACAUACGUACAUACGUGCAUUGUUUACUACAUACCUAUAUUAUAAUAUAUAUUAUAUUACAUAUUAUACAUAUUAUAAUAUAUGUACGAAUGUAUCGAUCGAUCGAUCGAUCGACCAGAGGCGAGACAACUUGCGUAAUGAAACCGAAAUACAUUUUUCGCCUCGGUAGGCCGUAAAACGGAAUUUUACGCCCGCGCCCGGAUCGUAAGAUCUUGUUUUACGCCUACGUAGGACGAAAAAUACUGUUCGCAUCGCGGGCAUAACACUUUACACCCUCGUGCGGCGGAUCGCACUAGGGUGUAAAAACUUUACGCCCUUGAUGCGAAAAUAGCUAUUUUCUCUCAUAACAAUUACUUAACAAGAGAUUUACCUGUAUUAGUUACGUUUACUAAGACUGACAUUACGAAUGUCUACCUGAAUAAAAGCUGUGAUACCAACAGUAGUCACUAGUUAUUAUAUUAUAUCGUACAAAUGGUGUUCAUUAUACGUGGUAUCCACGGUGUAGAAAUAGUAAUGAUAAUAACAGUAGCAAUAUUUGUGUUGUAUUUAACAGUGAAAAUAAAG